CACGUUCGGCGGAUCGCCCUAACGAUAAAUUCCGCGGUAAUUUGGUGCGAAACCCCCUUCCCGUCGCAGCAAAUAGCGGCCGAAGACUUCGUCUCUCUCUCACAUCGGUCUUCUUCUCGAUUCAAUUGGCCAUUGUUUCUGAAAAUGGCUGGGCUUGCACCUGAAGGCUCUCAAUUUGAUGGUCAACAAUACGACGCAAAACUGAAUGAGCUGCUUACGGGUGAUGGACAGGAUUUCUUUACAACUUACGAUGAGGUUUAUGAAAGCUUUGAUUCCAUGGGCCUUCAGGAAAAUCUUCUUAGAGGCAUUUAUGGUUAUGGGUUCGAGAAACCUUCUGCUAUUCAGCAAAGGGGAAUUGUUCCUUUCUGCAAGGGCCUGGAUGUUAUUCAACAGGCACAAUCUGGGACGGGAAAGACGGCGACUUUUUGUUCUGGAAUCCUGCAGCAACUCGAUUAUGGUUUGGUUGAAUGUCAGGCUUUGGUUCUUGCUCCUACUAGGGAAUUGGCUCAACAGAUCGAAAAAGUUAUGCGAGCUCUCGGUGAUUACCUUGGUGUGAAGGUUCAUGCCUGUGUUGGAGGGACGAGCGUUAGGGAGGAUCAGCGAAUACUUUCUAGUGGUGUUCAUGUUGUUGUUGGCACACCUGGUCGUGUGUUUGAUAUGUUAAGGAGGCAGUCUCUUAUUCCCGACUACAUCAAAAUGUUUGUUUUGGAUGAGGCGGAUGAAAUGUUGUCUCGUGGGUUCAAGGAUCAGAUAUAUGAUAUCUUUCAGCUUCUUCCAUCAAAGAUUCAGGUUGGAAUUUUUUCUGCUACAAUGCCUCCAGAGGCCCUCGAAAUCACCAGCAAAUUCAUGAACAAACCUGUGAGGAUCCUCGUGAAGAGAGAUGAGCUCACCCUCGAGGGCAUCAAGCAAUUCUACGUAAAUGUCGAGAAGGAAGAAUGGAAGCUGGAUACUCUCUGCGACCUAUACGAGACCUUGGCCAUUACUCAGAGCGUCAUCUUCGUCAACACUCGUCGGAAGGUGGAUUGGUUGACCGACAAGAUGAGGGCUAAAGAUCACACAGUUUCCGCCACUCACGGGGACAUGGAUCAGAACACUCGAGACAUCAUCAUGCGUGAAUUCCGCUCCGGGUCUUCUCGUGUUCUUAUUACCACCGAUCUUCUUGCUCGUGGUAUCGACGUGCAGCAGGUUUCGCUCGUCGUAAACUACGAUCUGCCGUCGCAGCCGGAGAACUAUCUCCACCGCAUCGGACGAAGCGGGCGGUUUGGGCGGAAGGGUGUGGCGAUUAACUUCGUCACUAGCGAUGAUACGCGGAUGCUUUUCGAUAUCCAGAAGUUCUACAAUGUGUUGAUCGAAGAGUUGCCUUCAAAUGUCGCAGACCUACUCUAAAGUUCUCGCUUUUUAUUUUUGCAUGACUGGAUCUCAUUAGAAUGGGUGGCUGUAUUUAAGGUGUAUUUAUUUGCAAAUGGUUAUCUCAAAAAUGGACUAGUGAGGGUAUAUUUGUAGAUUUUUUUGUUGCA